AGUCACAGCAUAGUAUAUAAAAUAUGUAAAAGUCAUAGUACCGCAUUUCGUAAAAAGUCAUAAUAUAGUCUGUCGAAAAAAUAAAAAAAAGUCAUGGUAUAGUUAAUUACUUCUCCACAGGUGUUACUGGAACAGAGUUUGAAUUCCCAACUGUUGCGUUGUCAAAGCUGUUAUAAAUAGAUGGUGUGGAGGGAAACCAGAGUCAGAGCAGACAGCACCUUAAUACCCAACCCCUUACUCUGUAACCACCUAAUGUAUGCUGCAAACACUGGACAGGUACAAAUUUUAAGAUUUCAAAACUGUGAAAAUUUGCCUUCUAAUCAUGGAUAAUGUUUCUGUUGUAAGAGUUUUCACUCUCUCAGGGAUAAACGAAACAAUGAAUUACAGAAUCGCUAUCUUUUCAAUCACUUUACUGUAUUACUGUCUGAUUUUGUUUGCCAAUAUCACCGUCAUUAUGAUCAUCAUCUUCGAUGAAAACCUGCACGAACCUAUGUACAUCUUAUUGUGCAGUUUUUGCAUGAAUGGACUUUAUGGGACCACAGGUUUCUACCCCAAAUUCCUCGUAGAUCUGUUGUCUUCUUCUCCCCAAAUCUCAUAUGAAGGAUGUCUUUUACAGGCUUUUGUCAUGUACUCAUUUGCUUGCUGUGAAUUAUCCAUUCUAGCAGUUAUGGCUUACGACAGAUAUCUGGCUAUAUGUCGACCACUUCACUACCUUUCUAUCAUGACUAAGAGGAGGCUCUCUGGGCUGAUAUGUUUCUCCUGGCUAACACCUUUAAGCAUUUUCUCCAUCAUUAUUUUUGUGACAUCUACACUGAGGUUAUGUGGUUCAAAAAUUCAGAAACUGUUUUGUGCGAACUGGAUAAUUGUUAAACUUGCUUGCUCUGACAGUGUUUCAAGUGAUAUCCUCUCAUAUGCAACCAUUAUCAUUUAUGUGCUUCACGGGUUUUUCACUGUUUGGACUUAUAUGCAUAUUAUUAGAACUUGUGUGCGGUCCAAAGACGACAGGGUAAAGUUUAUGCAGACAUGUGUGCCCCAUUUAGUCUCUUUAAGCACAUUCCUCGUUGUAAUAGUUUUUGAUUUGAUGUAUAUGCGAUUUGGCUCCACAGAUUUACCUCAAAGCCUUCAAAACUUCAUCGCUAUAGAAUUUCUGCUUAUUCCUCCUAUGAUGUAUGAUGAAUCCUCUAAUAUAUGGAUUUAAACUGACCAAAAUACGAAACAGAAUUUUAGGUUUAGUGUAUGUUGAAAGAAAAAUGACCUCUUCCAUUAAAUGUCAACUCUAAUUUAUGUAUUCUUAUUUUAUUUUAUUUAACAGGGACAAUACAGAUAAACAUGGUUUCAUAGGAGUAAGUAAUGAAACAGAUGUGAUGUUUUGUCUUUUUUAAACAAUUUAAUUUAAUGUGAAAAAGACAAAUUCUAUGUAUUUGCUUCAAGAUAUGUUAUGAUGUUUUCCUGAAAAUGUCUGCAGAAUGUCCCAGAUUGUGUUUAUGAGGACUGCAGGCCUCAAUAUAUGCUUACUAACAAAGCGUUUAAUUUAUCAAUUUAGAUAAUUUGAUUUGUAUGCUAUAUGUAAUGUGAAUGAAUAUAUGUGUUUUGUUCUGCUCUUGUAACGCAAUUAGUGUUUUGUAAGCCAAGAAAUUAGUUGCACUACAUCAUAUCAUAUCAUAACAUACACACACUAGGGAUGUCACAAGAACCGAUACUUCGGUACCAAGUCGAUGCAAAAUUCAAAAAAAGUGACGGUACUUUUUUUCUACAUUAUAUUUAAUCUCUUUAUUCAAUUUUGGCUUUGCCGUGCUGU